GCGCUGUGAGGCCGGAUACAGAAUGCCACAGUUACGCGGCCUCCUCAUCACACUUUUAUUUGUUGAGGUGAGUAACAAAGCAUUUUACUACUUUUUACAUUUUUAUUUAGAAAUAUGUUGUUUUUAUUUGAAUUUAGUUUACAAAAACAUGUUAGUUUUGUACUAAACUUUGAUAUUGUUUCUAUUUAUAAUUCACAUUUUGUCGUCAUGCAUCUGCUGCACCGUCAGUCUCUGACAAAAAUGUAUAAUAUUUUCCACACACAUACACACUGACCAUCUAGCACACAGCAUUGUUUAUUGUUCUUUUCCAGGACUCAACAAGAAGCUCUUUGUAGUUUAUUUUCCAUGAUAUCAGAUGUAGGCUAGUCUUCAACUGUCACAAAAUAAUAAAAACACCAUUGUCAUAGUAUGUGACCCUGGACUACAAAACUAGUCAUAAGGGUCAGUUUUUUGUUUUGUUUUUGUUUUUAAUUUAGAUUUAUUCAUCAUCAGAAUGCUGAAUAAAUACAUUUUUCCAUUGAUGUAUGGUUUGUUAGAAAGGGGACAAUAUUUGGCUGAGAUACUAUUUGAAAAUCUCGAAUUGAGAAAAUCACCUUAAAAAUUGUACAAAUGGAGGCUUAGCAAUGCAUAUUACAAAUCAAAAAUUAAGUUUUGAUAUAUUUACUGUAGGAAAUGUACAAAAUAUCUUAACUGAACAUGAUCUUUACUUGAUAUCUUUCUUUUUUUUUUGCCAUAAAAGGAAAAUCUACAAUUUUGACCCUUACAAUGUUUUGUUGGCUAUUGCUACAAAAAUGUCCCAGCACCUUGUGACUCGUUUUGUGGUCCAGGGGACAUAUGGUUUCAUUUCAAAGAACACGAAAUGAAAAAGGUUUGCCAUUUUGCCACUUAUUUUUAUUUUCUAUUUGUGCAGUGGUGCAGCAUAAACAGGGUGAUGUGAGGUAAAAUAGAUCAAUAUUUUCAGUACUUUCUGUUUUUAAUUACUGGAAACUAUUUUAAACAGUAGUCUCGAAAGUAUUUGACAUGCAUCAACUGGCCAGACAAGAAAAACAAGAAAGAAGAGCGGCGACACAAGUGCAGUCUCAAUUUAUCUGACAUCAACCAAUGUUGCUGUUUCUUCCUCUUUUCAGAAUAAAUUUCUAAGUUUCAAGCUUACAUGUUUAUUGCCUUGUUCUUUCAUGCAUAUGAGACUUUAUUCAUAAAACCAUCUCUUCAUUUGCAGACAGUUGCUGAAAAAAAGUACUGUUGGUACUUUGAAGGAGAUUACCCUGUGUACUUUGUAUGCAAGACAUAUGAAGACUGCUGUGGCACACAAUGCUGUGUUCGAGCUCUUUCUGUUCAGAGAAUAUGGUAUUUCUGGCUGCUGCUGAUAAUUGGCAUUUUGUGCUGCUGCAGUACUGGGUACUUCAUUCGCAGACGUGUCCACCCUUACCCUCCUCCCGACAGACCGGAGUUUAACGUGGCCUUCACCAGACAGCCCAUCAUAUCACCAGGAUUGCAUCAGGCUGGCUUUCACAAUUAUGGAGACUCAGAGACUGCAGUCAUUUCCACCGUCUACCAAGUGCAGACCCACCCUGGUCACGUGACUGCAGUGUAUUCAGCCGUUCCGUCCCACUACAGACAGCCCCCUCCUUCCUAUGAGCAGAGGCUGAAACUGAAACAAGAAAAUAUCCUCCAUUUCUUCACCACCAGCACCAGCCUGAACCAUUGAUACAAGACAGGAUGGAUCCAUGCUUUGCUUAAACCAAAUUCCAGUCCUCUGUUGUCCAAU